AUGUUUACGCUCAAAUUCCGUGAUAUUAUAAAAAUAGAACUUCGUGCUGUGCUGCUUAAACUGAACAGAUGUCGCUUUUGCAAACGUGAUCAACGACAACAAAUCACAAGUUUAAGCCAUUCGGUUUUUUCAAUUUAUCGGAUUGAAAUAUUAUUACUUUACAGAUGUUUAACCAUAAAAGGCUUUGGAAGUUCUGUUUCAGCUUUACCGUUGCUGCACAAAUAUAGCUUGAACGAAUCCCUCGCAAAAGCUGCUUUAACAGCCCCGGGAAAUUAA